AUGAAGAGAUCGGCUUCAGAUAGUGGGGGCGCAAGGAAGGCCUCCAUGGUGGAUUCGGGAUCACAGAUCCCAGGACUGAGUAGGAGGAGUCCUAGCUAUUCUAUUGAGAUAGAUCCUUCGGAGGACAUCGAGACGAUCCCCCCAGAGCUCGUGACUUUCAUAGAGGAGGAUCCAUCAGAAGAUAGUUACGAGACGGACCCGUCUGAGGGUUCGUAUGAGACACCGGUGGAGCAGGAGGCUCCUGAGGUUGCACCAGAGUUGACCCUUCCACCUUCUCCUAUGAUGGAGCAUUAUGUCAGGACAGCCACGAGUGUGAGUGUUACCGAGUAUUCUAGCCCUCUAUCUUGGCCUUCGAUGAAUCAGAGCUGCAAGAAUAUUCGUAUCCCUCGGACUCGAAUGAGGGAGAUGAGGAGGGUCAGACUAGUAGAUGGUGGGAGGACAAUGAGAAGGAUACUUCACUUUACAGCCCUCCAAACCCAGAUCAUGACAUGCUGGCUACAGGGUCAAUAUUUUAAAUGGCACUUACGAGCAAAGGAAAUCGAGAAAGGCCCUGAAAGUGAAAGUAAGAAAGGUAGUAGUGAUGAUGAAAGGAGGGCUCGCCAAGAAGCCGAGAUCCGAGGAAGAAAUGACUUCACUCGACAAGCUAUGCACCAACAAUUCGAAAGAUGGACCUUGCAAUUUCAAGAGAUCAAGGAUGCCAUUGCUGAACAAAAUGAGACAAUAGCUGAACUUAGGAGGGGAGGUCAACAUGUUGUACAACCACAAAAUAAUCCUAGGCCUCAAAAUAGAAGAAAUAUGCCCCAUGGCCCCAUUGUAAAUCAAGAAAACCCUAUAGAUGAUUUUGUUGAUGAUCUUGAUGUAAAUCUAGAUAGGGUAGGGAGAGAUAGGAGGGGACAACGAGGAAGAGUGGAAGAUGAUAACAUCAAUAGCAUAAAGAUGAAGAUGCCAACUUUCAAGGGCACAAGAGAUCCAGACUUGUACCUUGAUUGGGAGCGGAAAGUUGAAGCCAUUUUUGAUUGUCACAACUAUUCUGAAGCUAAGAAGGUAAAACUUGCCGUUGUUGAAUUUUCUGACUAUGCUUCUAUUUGGUGGAAAAAGCUUACAAGGGAUAGACAACAAGAUGGAGAACCACCCAUUGCUACUUGGGCUGAGAUGAAGAGAGUCAUGAAGAAGAGGUUCGUGCCUUCCCACUUUCAAAGAGACCUACAAAUGCGUCUUCGAAGAUUGGAGCAGGGAACCAUGACUGUUGAUGAAUACUUCAAAGCUAUGGAUAUGGCUAUGAUCCAAGCUAAUUGUGUAGAAGAUGAAGAGGCCACUAUGGCUAGAUUUCUUAAUGGUUUAAAUAAAGAAAUAGCUGAUGUAGUAGAGAUACAACAAUAUGUAACUUUAGAUGAGUUAGUGGACAUGGCUGUAAAAUUAGAAAAGCAAAUUAAAAGAAAGCAGCAAGCUAGCUCAUGGAGGAGUCAGCCAAACACCAAUUCAAAGAAGCCAUGGCCGAAACAAGAUGUGACUUCUAGGCCUCAAGAAGGCAAGGGGAAGGCCAAAGUAGAUGAAAAGGAGGGAGCUAGGAAGAUUCUUGAUGGAGAAAAUGAGAGUAAAAAAAGUGAGAAAGACGAAGAAGAGGGAGGUGUGAGUGAAGAUGAUGUAGAACUUCCUUUUAAUGAUAGUUUGGUUGCAGUAGUUAGGAGGAUUAUGGCUAUCAAUUUGGGAGUCAAUAGUGAAGAACAAAGGGAAAAUAUAUUCCAUACUAGGUGUGGGAUAAGGGGGAGAACUUGUUCUAUGAUUAUUGACAGUGGUAGUUGUGCUAAUGUAGUGAGUUCACACUUGGUAGAUACGUUAGGGCUUGCAUGCAUGAGACACCCUAAGCCCUAUAGACUCCAAUGGUUGAAUGAUAGUGGUGAACUGAAAGUCAACAAACAAUGCAUGAUUUCAUUCAAUGUUAGCAGGUAUGAGGAUGAUACUCUUUGUGAUGUCAUUCCUAUGCAAGCUUGUCAUAUCUUGCUUGGUCGUCCAUGGCAGUUCGAUAGGAAUACUUUUCAUGAUGGAAGGAAGAACAGAUAUUCACUUGAGCUUAAUGGCAAGAAGUAUACUCUUGCGCCUUUAACACCUUCUCAGGUGUUUGAAGAUCAAAAGAGAUUGAGGGAAUCAAUGGGAAAACAAAGGGGACAGAAAAAAGGUGAGCUUGAGGGAAAAGAAAUGAAAGAUGGCCAAGAGAGAGAGAAACUACUUACUUCUUCUUUGCCAAGUAGUGUUUUUUAUCUUUUGCAGGACUUUGAUGAUAUCUUUCCUGAAGAUAUUCCUAAAGGUCUUCCACCUUUGCGUGGAAUUGAACACCAAAUUGACUUUGUGCCUGGUGCACAGAUUCCAAAUAGGCCUGCUUAUAGGAGUAAUCCUGAAGAGACAAAGGAGUUGCAAAGGCAGGUUGAAGAGUUGCUUAAAAAAGGGUUUGUGCGAGAGAGCUUGAGUCCUUGCUCAGUUCCUGUUCUAUUGGUGCCCAAAAAAGAUGGAUCUUGGAGGAUGUGCGUGGAUUGUCGAGCUAUCAACAAGAUUACGGUAAAGUAUCGUCAUCCUAUUCCUCGUCUUGAUGACAUGUUGGAUCAAUUGCAUGGGUCCAAAAUCUUUUCUAAAAUUGAUCUAAAAAGUGGUUACCAUCAGAUUCGAAUGAAUCCUGGAGAUGAAUGGAAAACUGCUUUUAAGACCAAAUAUGGGCUUUAUGAGUGGUUAGUUAUGCCUUUUGGCUUGACUAAUGCACCCAGCACGUUCAUGAGAUUGAUGAAUCAUGUUUUUAAGGAUUUUCAUGGAAAGUUUGUGGUGGUUUAUUUUGAUGAUAUCUUGAUCUUUUCUAAAACUCUAGAUGAGCAUGUAGAACACCUAAAACAAGUUUUUGAAGUUCUUAGAAAACAACAAUUGUUUGCUAAUCUCAAAAAGUGUGCCUUUUGUGUGGAUCGUGUGGUAUUCUUGGGUUUUGUGGUCAGUUCUAAGGGAGUUGAGGUUGAUGAAGAGAAAAUCAAGGCAAUUAGAGAGUGGCCUAAACCUAAGAGUGUAACUGAGGUUAGAAGUUUUCAUGGGCUUGCUAGUUUUUAUAGGAUAUUUGUUAGAGAUUUUAGCACCAUUGCUGCUCCUCUAACUGAAGUUAUCAAGAAAGAUAAGGGUUUUACAUGGGGGAAAGACCAAGAUGAUGCUUUUAACUUGUUGAAAGAAAAAUUAUGUUCUGCUCCUCUUUUGCAAUUACCUAAUUUUUCUAAGUCUUUUGAGGUUGAAUGUGAUGCUUCUGGAAAAGGAAUAGGUGCUGUU